AUGGCGCGGCGGUUCCGGCGCGGCGAUGCGGUGGAGGUGGCGAGCGUGCAGGAAGGAUUUGUUGGUUCCUACUACGAGGCCACCGUCAUGACCGAUCUCUCAAAACACGGCUACUACGUGCAGUAUCGCACUCUGCUCAAGGACGAUCUCUCGGGCCCGCUGCGUGAGGUGGCCUCCGCCGCCGAGGUCCGCCCCAGGCCGCCGCCCGAUCCGGCGACGGAGUACCGGCUGCACGACGUGGUGGACGCGUUCGACAACGACGGGUGGUGGUGGGGGAGGAUCACCGGCAGAAGCGGAGAUGGUUACACGGUGUUCUUCGAGACCACCGGAGAUGAGAUCUUUUACCACAAGAGUAGGCUGCGGACUCAUCAAGAAUGGAGCAAUGGAACUUGGUGUUUAGCAGAGUUGAUUCCCAUAGAAGAUUAUCAUCAUGUUUCUUGA